UAUGAAAUUCGUUAGAAUCAAUUUCAAAAGAAAAGAAACAAAAGGGGUAGAACCGUAGAAGAAAAAAAAAAGGCGAAUGCCCAGAUGAAUCACUCUGCUCUUAUCCCAACCUCAACACAUCAUCCCCUCCCUCCCCUCCACUCCACUGCACCCACAAGGAAUACUGCUUUUACUGAGAAAUUUUCAAUUGAAGGUCGCAAUUUGAGUUACUCAAUCCCCACGGUACAGGGGAGACAUGUGCCCAUUCUUAGGGACUGUUCGUUGCGCAUUCCUUCGGGACAGUUUUGGAUGCUUCUUGGGCCUAAUGGUUGUGGAAAAUCUACCCUUUUGAAAAUCUUGGCUGGUCUACUGAAACCGACUGGUGGAUUUGUUUAUGUGAAGAAACCCAAGAGCUUUGUUUUCCAAAACCCGGAUCAUCAGGUGGUGAUGCCCACAGUAGAAGCUGAUGUGGCAUUUGGCCUCGGUAAAUUCAACCUAACUCAAGAUGAAAUUAAGUCCAGAGUAGCAACAGCUUUGGAUGUUGUGGGCAUGUUGGAGAACUUGCAAAGACCUGUUCAAACUCUGAGCGGUGGUCAAAAACAACGGGUGGCCAUUGCCGGUGCUUUGGUAGAAGCGUGCAAAGUACUUUUACUGGAUGAGCUCACAACAUUUCUGGAUGAAAGUGAUCAGGUAUUAUACUUCAAGAUUGGGGUGAUAAACGCAGUCAAGAACUCUCUGGAUAAUUCGAAAGAUGUUACAGCACUAUGGGUGACCCAUCGGCUUGAGGAACUUGAAUAUGCGGAUGGUGCUGUCUAUAUGGAAGAUGGGAGAGUAGUCAUGCAUGGUGAUGCUUUGAGCAUAACGCGCUUUAUCAGUGCCAGGCAACGAUCUUACAUUGAUCAAAUAAAUUCUUGAAGACCCAGUCAAUGUUACUAAACAAAUGUCAAGGAUUCAACAUGGAAUGUUCUGCCAACUUGUUGAUUUUCAUUAUGUUAUGGUGGACAAUGGGUCAACUUGAUAUUGGGGUACUCCCGUGCUUGAGUGCUUCCCCAUUUGUCCAUCUGUGUAUGUUCUCUUUGAUGUGAGAAGAAAUUGAAGAAUGCAUCUUGCAUGAUAUAUAACAAGAAGGUUACUUUUAUAGUUGCUCUUGUACCACAUCCUUUCGAAACUAGAAUACUAGCCGGUAGCCUCUCGACUAAUGGGUGAACUGGUAUAACGUUGGAUGUUAUAACUUAGUUUGGUUGGAUGCAUUAAUUU